AUGUAUGGAUAUUACGCGAGGGAACUCAUGGAAGUACUCACGCCGCAUAUAGGGAUUCGUGGCAUCUUCGUUAUGGUAGAUGGCUCGUCAGAAGAUGUCAAUAACAAGAAAACAGUGAAGGAAAGAUUAGUGAAGUUUUCAAACAAUGAAUACAAAGCGCGCUUAGGCUUUGACCGGUCAAAGCAGAUAGAAUUAAAGAAUAGAGCAGCUGCUGAAAUGCAGGCAAUAUAUGAUGAAAUACCGAGUUUAGGCAGUGGGAACAGCAGUACAGUCCUAAAUUAUUUGCAAGCACUAUCCAAAUAUCGCAAAAAAAUAUUUUGCUUUAUGAGGGGAUACAGGCAUCGUGAAGCAAAAGGAUAUUUGUAUAGUAAUCGACAAAUUACAGACGAGUACAUGUGCCAACUUGUGCUGGCGAAAACCUCUCCUGGAGCUCAUUGCGCGUUAGCGCAUAAGACAAGCACAAAAAUAAGACAGAAAGUAAGAAGGUCCUUUAAAAAGAACAAUCAUGCAAACCAGGCUGAUGAUGGCAGGAGAACAGUGAUUGCAUAUGGCGAUGCAAGCUUACCAGGAACGAAGAAGGAGUCCACCCCUAUACUAGUAAAGAGGACACAGAGAGCAUUGGCAAAAAAAGCAACUAUUAUCUCUAUCGAUGAAUCUCGAACAAGUAUUACUUGUUGCAAAUGUCAUAGGAAGUUGGACCAAAAGUAUGAAGCACAGACACUAGUGUGCAAUCAUAGUGUCCAGAAAGAAGGCCAAGCAUUGAAACAUUGCAAACUGUGUCCAGCUGCUAAUGGUCAAGAUAUUGUCUGGCAAAGAGAUAUCAAUGCAGCAAUUAACAUUCGUUCAAUCCUGAUAUCAUAG